AUGCCGUCUGUGCAACCGCAGCCCAAUUUGGACACCCCGAGCGACGAAGAUGAAGGCUCUCACAUCCUGUUGACCUUCUUGCAGUCACAAUCACAGAAUACUCUGAGCAGGCUUUACCAGAGGCCCUCGUCAUGCCUUUCGAUUUUUCGCCUUCUCAGGCCAUUAGAAAGGCAACUUAUCACGAAUUUGCUAUGGUUGGAGUCCGCGAUACCGGUUUCCACUAUGGGUGCAUGGGUCACACGUGACGGCCGCAAAGCUUAUAACCUCUGUUUAACGACUUUGGCGCACUUAAACAUUCUACCCACCUCGACGGUCAAGCUUGCUUUGAACUCCACUUUGAAAUCAAGCUUGCGCCAGGCAAUAACAGGCGGAGGUUCGAGCGGAAGUUUUGGGGUGCCGGCAGAGCACGACCAGCAGCAUUCUCCUCCGAGCGUUGAUGAUCUUGAUGCUUAUGCGCUAGAACGAUGGGAGACCAUUCUGCACUACAUGGUGUCUUCUGGCACUGGUCAGUACCCUGCGAAACCAUCACAAGAUGUAUUGUUUCUUCUGCAAAGAAGUGGACUCAUGGCAAAGGCAAACGGUGCAUUACAAAUUACCUCCUCGGGAUUUCAGUUUCUUCUUCACCCUCCUCAUGCACAGCUUUGGGAGCUUCUAUUGCAGUAUCUCCACAUGGCCGAGGAACGACACAUGGAUCUCGUAGAAAUUUUGAGUUUCUUGCUCAUGCUCUCGACGAUGGAGCUGGGAAGGGAGUACUCGAUCGAGAACCUCAGCGUAACUCAGAUGGCGAUGCUUAGCGACCUUCGCGAUUAUGGGCUGAUAUGGCAGCGCAACGCAACUUCCAAACGAUUCUGCCCUUCGCGUCUGGCAACAACGUUGACGUCAUCAUCACCACCCCUUCCAACUUCUAGCGGCGCCGGCACGGCAUCUAACACCCAAGGAUUCAUUGUUCUAGAAACGAACUACCGUUUAUAUGCUUACACGGACAACCCGCUGCAAAUUGCGGUACUGAACCUCUUCGUCACCUUGAAGUCUCGCUUCCCAAACCUCGUCAUCGGCGCAAUCACCCGUGAGAGCGUUAAGAAAGCUCUUGCUAAUGGGAUAACUGCGGAUCAGAUCAUAAGUUACCUCACAACGCAUGCGCAUCCACAGAUGCGAAAGAAUAACCCGCUGUUACCGGUGACGGUUCAAGAUCAGAUACGCCUCUGGGAGCUAGAGAAGAACAGGGUGAACUCGGAAGAAGGUUAUCUGUAUACUGCAUUCGCUUCCCAGGCCGACUACGAAUAUGUGCUCAACUACGCAAAACAGCUGGACGUAGUGUUAUGGGAGAGUCCGGCCCGUCGAUGUUUUUUCGGGAGCCUCAACGGCCAUGCCAACAUCAGAGGUUUCAUCGAACGGAGGACAGCUGGCAACGCUUGA